GCCAUGCGCUUUCCCAUGUCUGUGGCUGUUAAUCCCGGCCAUCGUGCAGCGGGUGACGGACGGGUCCUUCCGUAGCGCCGUCGCCGUCACUGGACUCAUCACUGGCGCCAGUCAGUCACUUCCGGAACCGACGUCACUCACAGAAGUGGAAUUUCCACCACCCAUGAUCCUGAUACCAACGGCUCAACGGUCCGCGAGUUCCCCCAACGACGACCGACCGACUCUUCCUUUCAGUCUCUCACUCUCAUCUCAUCCCGUGCACAUCACUCGAUAGGGCGCAUCUACAGAUCUACCGGCAAUCUCAUGUCGCUCAACCUCAAGUCCAUCUCCCCCCUGAAGCGGGCAUGGUACAAGUGGAAGGCCAUCAAGUUCCCAUGGCGUAAUAAGCUGCUCACAGGCCUUGACCUAGCCGGCAAUGCCUACUAUCAGUUCCGCCCCACUCGCUCCACCAUCCGCUGGCGCCGAAUAGUCCAGUACCCAGGCGGUCGCAGCACUCACUUCAGUGACGUCGCCGUUCCGCCCUCCUGGCAUCAAUGGCUUCGAUAUACGCGGGAGGACCCACCGACGAUAGAAGAGCAGGAGGCCGAGGUGGCACGACAGGAGAGGAUCAAAGUGCUGGCGAAGAUGGCGGACGAGAGAUGGGAGGCCAAGGCGAAGUACAUUCCGGAUUCGCCAGGUGAACCAUCAACCAGGACCAUUGGAAAGCCAGGCGAGGAAUAUGGGCAGCCGGUUCCGCCUGUGGUGGGAGAGGGUAUGAAGAAGAGCAGUCCCUACACGGAGGGGACAAGUGGAGGGGUUGUGAGCGGUGUUGAGACCAGUGGUGUCAGCAAUCAGGCUGGUUUUAGGAGUGAGGAGGCGAAGCAGGCUGCGAAGGAAGAGCAGGAAAAGAUCAGGGCGACGGCUAUGGAGACUGCUACUAAGACGGCCACGGCUACGGUUACCGGUGCGAGCUCCGCCACGGCACAUGCGACGCCAGCAGACCAAACGAGCGGAGCGAGGGAACAAACGUGGGAUCAGAUGAUGAAGCAGCAAAAGCAGCAGAAGAAGAAGGGUAUCGAUCCAUGGAAGCAGGCUCAGGCCAGUAAUCCCAGUGGGGAGUGGCAGCCUAAGGCGUGGGAUCCGUCUGCGAACUUGAGCAACAAAAAG